ACACUCAGUUCUGGUUUAUUUAAUUUACUGCAGUAGUGUGAAGUAGACUGUAGUGUGUUGGUGUUGGUGAAGUCGUGUUCACUACAGACACUGAAGAUGAAGAUACUUUUGAUCAUUUUCACACUAUCAUGCAUUAAGGACUCGAGAGCUCAGAUUAAACAUGUACACUUUCAUUUAAGUGGAUGCAGUGAAUCAGAUAAAGAGACUUUGAUGGAACUUGAUGACGAGGAAAUAUUUCACGCCGAUUUUAAAAAACAAGAUCUGGAGAUGAAGUUACCUGACUUUGCAGACCCUAUAGAGUGGCCUGGUCUUUAUGACCUCAGUGUCUCAGAGCAAGAAGGCUGUAAACACAACCUUGAUGUAGCAGUGAGUGCCUACAAAAACCCUCCAGAAGCUCUGGAUGCCCCACAGAACUCCAUCUACCCCAAACAAAAGAUGCAGCUGGGAUCACAGAACACACUCAUCUGUCACUCAACACGUUUCUUCCCUCCUCCUGUUACUGUGCACUGGACCAAGAACGGUGAAGACGUGACGGACAAAUCCACACUCAGUCAGUUCUACCCGAAUGAAGACAACACCUACAACCAGUUCUCUCACCUGUCCUUCACCCCACAGGAAGGAGACAUUUACACCUGCACAGUGGAGCACAAGGCGCUGGAUUCACCUGACACCAGGACAUGGGAGGUGAAUGUUGAACUUCCCAGUGUUGGUCCGUCUGUGUUUUGUGGUGUUGGUCUGUUUGUAGGUUUGCUCGGAGUCGCUACUGGAACUUUCUUCCUGGUUAAAGGAAACAGAUGUAACUGAAGAUUAGAGCUCAAUAAAUUCCUGCUGAAGAACAACAACAAUCUCACUAAAGUUCUGUAAUGUUUGUAAUAAAAUGAAUUCAGUUAAAUUUAUGUAAUAAUUGUUUACUAAAGUUUUAAUAGUCUGCUGUUCUCUAAGUGUGUUAUCAGAUAUCACAGGAUUCAUAAUGAACAUUAAUAUGUUUGUGAUUUGGUCAUAAUUUUGUAUUUUCUUUCCUGACUCUUAUUCUUUUAAGUUAUUUUAUAAGUCUGUUUUACAAUGAGGCAAUAAAGACGUACUGAUUUUAGAUUCCA